AUGGUUGAAGCAAUGUUUGGCGAAUCCUAUGCAAAACAAUUACAGCAAAUACCGCUUGCUGAUAACACAGUCGCUAGAAGAAUUGAUGACAUAUCUGAAGAUCUUUGUGAUCAGUUGGUUUCUCGACUACGUAACUGUAAAUUUGCUAUACAAGUUGAUGAGGGAGCUGACAUAAAUAAAAAUGCACAUUUAAUUGCAUAUGUCAGAUAUGCUGAAGAAAAAAAUAACAUAGAAUGGAUCAAUUGUGUUGGACUUUGUACAGACGGAGCACAGUCAAUGUCAGGAAAUAAAUCUGGUCUUCAAGCUCUUGUAAAAAACAGAGCACCAGAAAUUAUCUGGACGCACUGCAUGCUGCACAGAUCAGCACUUGUCUCAAAGAAUAUGAGUCCAGAACUGAACGAUAUUUUUGCGCAAAUUACAAAAGUUAUAAACUACAUAAAACACAGUCCUUUAAGAGCUAAGCUUUUUGCAAAGCUGUGUGAAGAUAUGGAUUCAAAAUAUACAUCGCUUUUAUACUAUUGUGAGGUACGCUGGCUAUCUCGUGCAAAAGUGAUUAGAAGGGUGUUUGAACUCAAAGAUCAAGUUGCAGAUUUUCUUGAUGAAAAUGAUAUUGAAGAUGCAAAUCCAGACGUGAGUCACGCCGGAUAUAUUUCUUCGUUUAUCGAAAAAUUAUAUUUAUGGAUGACUCCACUUAAAGACGAGAUACAUCUCAUUUUUAUUCACUAUCUGAAAACAACGAAGGCGCUGCUUAUGAAAAAUACAUAUCCAUAA